CAAGAAACCCUACUGCAAUGAAACGAACGCACUCAUUCGAAUCACGUAACUCACAAAUUCAAUAAUAACAACCAACUGACUAGAAUUAGUGCAAUUUAGUUUCGAGACUACCUUCCAUUGAACAUAAAUACCUGUAACCGUACCGUAAGAACAGGAGUCGAGCGCCAAUUACUCAUUUGGUUUAUACGAGCUCGUGAAAAAUAUUGGUUACUGGAACUUUCUCCUUCUAUCUUGUUCCUUUAGGACAAAAAAUGAUGGCUUUAUACGAUGAGUUUAUGAGUAUACUGUUUAUAUUCUAAACUACUAGUCAGUCAUCUAGAACAAUUUGUUUAUCAAAAGUUAUCUUUAAACAGCGUAAGAUGUUCCCUAAAGGCAUACAGUUUACUAAUAAACCUUGGAACUGUACGGUUGAACUACUCCACCAGAUACUCAAUCACGAUCAUACUAUCCUCCCUUUAAGUGGUAGCUUCUGAUUAAUGUAAUGUUGGCAUAGGUGUUCAUGAUGUGCAGAGUGUAGCAAAGCUGUGGGAAGAUUUUGUUAAAGAUGUGAAAUUUGCAAUGGUACAACCGUCAACGGCGUGCAAAUUGAUGCGCGAAUUUUUAGAUACACAUUUUAUCAAGGCGAAUAUUGACUUUUAUACCUGUUUGUCCUCCCUUUUGUGGGCAAACUUAUUUGUCACAAAUAAUGAAUUGGACAUGCAUACUUUGGGGUUGUUAAUUUCGAUUAUCAAGGAAAAGUGUGAUUAUGUUGUCUUUCGACAGCUUUUUUCACAUUUUUAUCAACCUAUACUAUCUUUGAAGUUAGAUAUUUCAGAGGAUGGCAAAUAUUUGAUUUCUCAAACAGAGCUUAUCAAUCGACUUGAGAUGUUAACUAACUUUUGGGUAACAUAUUUAUCUGGCGAAUUUCCUCAUAAUAUGUCCAAGUUCGACCCAGCUCACUUUUUAUUCGACUGGAUUAGAUUGGCAUAUAGUUUGACUAUCAGCGGGCUAGUUCAUGAAAAGAUGAAUUAUUUCAAUGUUGGAGUGCAAUUUUUAUUCGUAAUAAAAUCGAAAAAUGUGCAACAAUAUAAUACUUUUGUAAAAUAUAUUAUUGAUGAAUUAUGGGAUUCAUUGUCAAAUAUAUAUCUCCGAGCAACAAAUCUCUCAUCAAAACCAUCUUUAUCUAGUAGUGAGGAUUCUUCCAGUCGUAUAAACAUCAACCCUAAUAUUCAGGGUUCUUCGGAUCAAGAUCUUAUUGACUCUUAUCAUCAGGGAUUCGGCAUGCUUUUGAGACUUUGUCGUGUAACAUCUAGUUUAAACUGUUCAACCAAACUUGUGAUCGAAGGUCAAACUCUUGACAAACUGACGUGUCUCAUUUAUGAUCGUUUGGCUACUCUUUGUAUUUAUCAAGGUGGUAUCACUGUAUACAACCAGCCAUUCGUUUACCAUGUUUUAUUCAAUGUAAGUACUUACCAAUUUUUAUUUCACCUUGCGAAUUAGUGAAUAUUAUAUUUUGAGAUCGAGUACUAACUACGUUAUUAGCCCAAUUGACCCCUUAAUUGAAAGCUCCUAUUAAUGUAAAUCUUAGAUAGGUUGGAUGACGUUAGAGUCACGAAUGACUACUUCAAGGUUUGUUCUUGCGUACAUCCAGGUUCUAUGAAUACGUUUACAGAUUUAGGAAAUUUCGAAGCGUAAAAACUAGUCAAAUGAUUUUCUAGUUUAUUCACAUUAGGAAAGGACAUGGGUUUAAUGCUUGAAUAACCAUUUUUUUGAGUAAGGAGUCUUGAUGUUCUUUUACAUUUGGCAACGUAUUUUACUCUUUCUGAUCGUUUUCUCUAAUUUGAACAGAGAAAUUUCUCUGUUCAAAUUUAUCAAAGGGAACCACUGUUUUGGUUUUCUCUAAUGUAUGCUUAGUAUAGCAAAAUAAAUGCUUCUUCAUGUAUGCAAACUACACAAACUGCCAGCUUUCUAGGACAGCAUUAAUAACCAUUUGUUGACCAUCUAGUUUGUGCAGUCAGUCAGUCAGUUUGUGCUUUACUCUAUAAGGUAACAGUGAUAUAAGGCAUGAAAAAUGGGCUUUACAACUGAAGUGAUAAUAUUAUGAGAAAAUAAAAGUAAGAAGUCUGUACAGCCGAAAAAUACCAAUAAAAAACAUUAUUUAGUAAGAGGUGCCGUUCAGUUAAAAUUACCGUCAAAAAAGACUAAAUGCGG